CGAGACCUCGGCUUUAUCACAGCUUCUGUGAGAGGAAGCUGUGGGUAUAUAAGUACUGUCUUCAUCAAGUGUAAGAUGCGUUUCUCAUCAUAUGCUCUUGCCGCUAUAGCGGCCGACUUGAUCGCUGCUAUGCCCAGACCUCAGGACAUCGACCUUGACAUGGUCGAAGCUGCCCCUGACCCAACAUAUACCGAGAUUUUAGGUCUCACUGCCCAGGUUGUCACUUACGAUACAACUGCCAUCCUUGCCGAGGCCACCGCUGCGAUCACCAGUGCCUCUGCCGCGGUGACAGAUGUUCUGAGCGGCACUGCGAUGGUCAGCAAGAGAGACAUCACCUCCUACUCGGAGAUGUCCUACUCGACCAACGCUUCAUCUACGCUCGACCCUAAGUCGAACCUGUGGGUUGCUGUCACGCCUACUCCCAUCGCCGUUGAUAAGAGGGACCUUGGUGCUCGAGCAGCAUGCACCGCACUGCCUACCGGAAUCGCCGCUUAUGCCCUUAGCGCCGACACGGCUUCAGACUUUCGGGCCAACAGCUCCUGGGCUUCUAUCGCUAGUCAAGCACCUGUCCCGUCCGGCUACGUCAACACUGUGCUGAACGCUGCCGGUGCCAAUUCGGCCUACGGCUACCUGGGCUACUCCAACCUUGCUAGCUACGACACUAACGCAUGUGCAGCCAAGUGCUCGAAGGCUGUCGGAUGCAUGGCAUUCAACAUCUACUUCGAGAGAGACCCUUCCGUUGACCCCGGUACUGGAAGCUCUGGCUGUGCCAAUCCUUCCAGUGUUGUCUACGCUAAAUGUGUUCUAUGGGGCGGCCCGCUCACAAUCGCAAACGCUGUGAACAAAGGCCAAAUGCGCAAUCAGUUCGAGAUUGCUGUCGCUGGGUCUAACGCUUACCAAAACAAUUCGCUGACUAUUCCCGCCGGCUAUACACUCAAGGCUGCCUACAACAACGUUGCAAUCAAUGCUCCAUAUGACGCUCAGGGCUACAAUACUUUCAUCACUUCUACCAUCUUUACCAAGGGUCCCUUCAACAUCCAGCUCUGCGCCGACUACUGCUCUGCUCAAACUCAAUAUGACCUUGCCAACCCUGCAGCCGAUGGUACCCCUCCCAAGGUCUGCAACUUCUUCAACACUUACAUCCUUUACAAGAACGAUGCCAGCUCUCCUCAGGGUCAGUACUGUGCCAUCUACACCGAAGUCUGGAGCGAUUCGUAUGCUGUCAACUCGGGUCAAAAUCGCGGUUCUGAUCGCUAUUUCAUCGGUUACUCUUACACCUUUGCCAACUCAUCGAGCCCCGGCGUCGCACCCAAAAUUGGGGACAAUAACGGCGCCAUCUAUCAGGCCCGCCAGGACAUGACCUAUUUCCCCUCGCAGUUAACCUCAACCUUCCAGCCUUUUUGCUCCAGUGUACUCGGAUACAGUGUACCCACUGUGUCUGCCACUGCCUUGACUACCACCUCACCUGUGGUCACAACUACCUUGUACUCAACCACCACCGCUGCAGCCAACGCCAAGCGUCAGGCCAGUUCUUUGUCCACCCCUAAUGUUCUCACUAAAUACCCUGCCUCGGUUGUCUCGAGAGCUUGCAGUCUGAUUGCGACAUCUCCCACUGUCACCUCGACGAUUACCGCCGCAACAUCUACUAUCACUGCCGCGGUACAGACCUUUACCUACACUUCCGUGACAACUGUUGCCGCCGCUCCUACGGCCUGUACUGUCCAGUAUAGCACCCCGUUCUCGAUUCAGGGCAGUUGUGGAGCGGGCAAAUUGUGUAACAUCGCGCAGGGCGCCGGCAACCAGGGCACAUGCGCUCAGUGUCUGAGCGACAACUACCUCUGCCACUAUGAUAGCGACUGCUGCAAUCCGUCCCUCCAUUGUGUUCCAUAUCCCGAUGCUGUCUUUGGUUUCUGCCAAUAA